ACUCUCGAGUACGACGUCGUACGCUUUUCUUAUUCUCUCUCUUUCGUGAACCCCAGCCUCACUACUUCAAUCAAGACGCCGAAACCCAGCUCCUUGUCUCUACUAUAGUCUCUCGCUUGCAGCGACGUCAUCUCUCUGGUUGACACCGGAGAAAUUCGUCUUCUUUGCAUCGCACAGGCGUCGCCGUCGAUAGCCUUUGCAUAUGGCUACGGCAGAAGCAGCUCCAGCUUCUGCUGGUCCACGAUACGCUCCAGAGGAUCCCACUCUUCCCAAACCAUGGAAGGGACUUAUCGAUGGAAGCAGCGGCGUUUUGUAUUACUGGAAUCCUGAAACGAACGUUACUCAAUACGAAAGACCUUCUCCACCUUUGCCAGCUGGUGCUCCUCCGAAGCUAGCUCAGAUUCCUGUACCUUCCGCAGGACAACAAGGACAUCAAGCUCAGCUUGAGCUAGGAAAGCCCGUUGGUCAUGUGCCUCAGCAACAUGGUUUACAACAACAGCCUCAGCAGUUCCCAUCUCAACAUGGAAGGCCCCAAAUGAUGCAGCAGCAGCAGCAUCCGGGACAGCAGAUGCCUCAACAAUCAGGUCAACAGUUUUCACAACCACAGGGCCAAUCUAUGGCGCCGCAGCCACAUGGGCAUCCUUCUCAACAGACGUAUCAGCCAACACCACAGCAGCAGCAGCAGCAGCAAGCAAUGCAGAACCAGCAUUCACAGAUGCCUCAGCAGCUGAGCCAUCAGUAUCCACAUUCACAACAACAGUACAUGGGUUAUCGUCCUUACAUGCAACAACAAGGGACUCAAAGUUCACAUCAGACGCCACCUCAGAUGGGUCCCCAGGGUCAGCAGUUUCCGAGCCAGCAAGAGUACAACUCAAUGCCUCCAAAGAGGGAGGGGGAGGAGUUCCAUAGGGGUGAGAAAACUGGGUUUUCACAACCCCAUUUACAAAAUUCUGAAGCUUCCCCAUCUCAAAAUACCGCCUUUGAGGCUAAGGCAUCAUCACAAAGACCAAAUGCAACUCAGCAAUACAGUGGACCUCAAGGAAACUUUCAACACCCUGCUGCAGUCACACAGUUUCAACAGCCAGGGGCUAAUCUGGCUCACCAGCAGCUUGGACCUAGGCCUCCACAUCACAUGGACCAAAUGUUGCACCAGAAGUCUCAUGCUUCCCCUUUCCGAUCUAAUAAUACCUAUGAGAAUAAUCUACAAGCUAGACCUGGAAAUGACUCCUACGGUAACACAAGAAUGGAAGGGCCGAUGAGAGGUGCACAGCCACGCCAUCCUGCAGCAAUGCCUGAGGAUAUAAGGAUAGGUGGCGGUCCACCUGCACAUGCUGAUCCGGCCAUGGGGCAGACAGGGCAUGGACCAUACGGACACGCUGGUCCAGCUUUUCCAACCGUAGGAAGGCCUCAUUUUGUAACAACUCCUGAUGGUCCCCAUCUUUCGCCUGUUGAUAGUUACCGAAAACAGCAUGAAAUCACAGUAACUGGUGAGAACAUUCCAGCACCAUUCAUCACGUUUGAAUCUAGUGGUCUCCCACCUGAAUUACUUAGAGAGUUGCUUUCUGCUGGAUUUCCAUCACCAACACCGAUCCAGGCUCAAACAUGGCCAAUUGCUCUGCAGAACAGGGAUAUAGUUGCAAUUGCAAAAACUGGUUCUGGUAAAACAUUGGGAUACUUGAUCCCUGCCUUCACUCUUCUUAGGCACUGUCGUAAUGACCCCCGCAAUGGCCCCACGGUUUUGAUCUUAGCUCCUACUCGGGAGCUAGCUACACAGAUACAAAAUGAAGCCCUUAGGUUUGGCCGGUCUUCCAGAAUAUCAUGCACUUGCUUGUAUGGUGGAGCUCCAAAGGGUCCUCAAUUGCAAGAAUUGGAACGAGGAGCUGAUAUUGUGGUGGCAACUCCUGGGCGCCUAAAUGACAUACUGGAGAUGAGGAAGAUUGAUUUCCAACAAGUUUCCCUCCUUGUGCUUGACGAAGCAGAUCGAAUGCUUGACAUGGGUUUUGAACCCCAAAUCCGUAAGAUUGUGAAUGAAAUACCUCCGCGGAGACAGACUCUUAUGUACACUGCGACUUGGCCAAAUGAAGUUAGGAAAAUUGCAAACGAUCUUCUCGUGAACCCUGUCCAAGUUAACAUAGGCAGCGUAGAUGAGUUGGCUGCAAACAAGGCGAUAACGCAGUAUGUUGAAGUUGUCCCACAAAUGGAGAAGGAGAGGCGUUUGGAGCAAAUCCUUAGGUCGCAAGAACGAGGUUCAAAAGUUAUAAUAUUCUGUGCCACAAAGAGGCUUUGUGACCAUCUUUCACGCAGCGUUGGACGUAAUUUUGGUGCUGUUGUAAUCCAUGGAGACAAAUCUCAAGGCGAGAGAGAUUGGGUUCUUAACCAGUUCCGCAGCGGGAAGUCGUGUGUGUUGAUAGCUACUGACGUUGCUGCCCGGGGGCUCGAUAUAAAAGACAUAAGAGUUGUGAUCAACUACGAUUUUCCAACUGGUGUUGAAGACUAUGUCCAUCGUAUCGGGAGAACUGGUCGAGCUGGUGCAACUGGAGUUGCAUUCACUUUCUUUACAGAGCAAGAUUGGAAAUACGCACCUGAUUUGAUCAAAGUCCUGGAAGGAGCAAACCAGCAAGUACCGCCUCAAGUGAGGGACAUUGCAAUGCGUGGUGGUGGUGGUGGUGGUCCGGGUUUUAAUCAGGACCGAAGAGGCAUGGUAAACCGUUUUGACUCUGGCCGUGGUGGUAGCCGUUGGGAUUCUGCAGGUGAGUUUGGUGGGCGUGGCGGUGGGUUUGGAGGCCGAAGUGGCGGAUUUGGAAUGAGAGAUGAUUCAUUUGGACGUGGUCGGGGUUUUCCUGGUCCUGAUGGUGGUCGUAUGAAUGUGGGUAGAGGUGGAUUUGGUCGGUUUGGUAAUAAUAAUAUGGAUGGUCGAGGCUUUGGUCGUGGUGGUGGUGGUGGUGGUAGAGGCUUUAGUCGUGGUGGUGGACGGUUUGAUAACAGAAGAGGUAGAAGCCGUAGCAGAAGUCCUGAUUUGGUUAGGCCACGUCGUAGCCCGAGCUAUAGCAGGAGCCGCAGCCGGAGCUAUAGCCGUAGUCGUAGCAGGAGCUGGUCACGCUCAAGGAGUCGUAGCCCUAGGCGUAGUGGUCAUAAACGGAGCAGAAGCUAUAGCCGUAGUCCUAGUCCAGUGUAUGAAAGAAGGGAUAGGCGACCGCGUGUUUCUGGGUUUGAUAUUAAACCACCAGCUGAGUCUGUCGUGAAUCCAGACACUGUAGGAACUGCUGCUUCUGAAACCGUGGUCCCUGCUCCAUUGUCUGAAAGACAAGGGAAUGGUGUUGUCGAGUCUGAGGUAGAAGCAGCUUUAGUUGAUAAGCCCUAAAAGCCAAGACUCGAAACAGAGAAUAAUUUUAAAUUUUUAAAGCCUCAGAAUGAAGAAAACACUAUUUCAUCCCAAUAUGUUUGGUUAUUGAAUUGGAGGUCUUGCUAAAUGCUGGAGUUUCUUUAUUCUUAUUUUAUUUUCCUCGUUUUCUUGUUGUAUUAUGGAGAGUUAGUUUGUAAUGUAUUUGAGAAUUUUAUGAUUUUAUCGUUUAUGUAAACACCAACAAUUACCUU